AUGGAUAGCGGCAACAAUACAAUUGAAUCCACUCCUCUUCAACCUCAAAGUGCCCAAUCUGAACCACAAAUUAGCAGACAUGUUACAUCUCCUUCAAGUAAUGCAAUAGAAAAUAACAAUAUUACCUCUCAACAAGUAGCAACUGCGGGUAAAGAAACAUCUAUCAUCGCUAAGAAGUGGAGAAAAACUUCAGAAGUAUGGAAAGAUUUUGAAGAAGUUCAACUUGCAGAUGGAGUCAAGAAAGCAAUGUGCUUGUACUGUAGUGAAUACCCUACUGCUAAUUUUUAUCUUGCUGAGGUUCAUAGGGUGAAACGAGUGAUUGAUGAGGCAACAGAUUCUCCUGACUUGUUCAUGAAUGAGAUGGCAAUACCUAUGAAAGAAAAAUUUGACAAGUAUUGGGAUGAAUGCAAUUUGUUGAUGGUUAUUGCAAGUAUUUUGGACCCAAGAAUCAAAUUUGAUGCUAUUGAGAUAAGUUUCCCCCUAAUAUAUAAACUAGAAAGUGAGGCUACACAGAAUGUGGAAAAAGUAAAAAAGGCAUUAGAGGAGUUAUAUCUUGAGUAUAUGGAAUUGUGUAAGAAAGAGUCAUCUUCUACAUCUGGUGAAGUGAAUAUUGAUGGCAUUGCCUUGACAGAUACUACUGUACAACAAAAAGAUAAAGGAAUGCAACAAAUGUUGAACAUGAUUCAUCAAAGGCAUUCGGUUCCUCCUAUAAAAUCAAAAUUGGAAACUUAUCUUGCUGAUGAUCCUUACAUUCCUUCUUCUGAUUCUUCAUCAUUUUGUGCCUUAGAGUGGUGGAAGAACAAUAGAACAAAAUUUAAAGUUUUAUCCAGGAUGGCAACUGAUAUAUUAGCUGUCCCUAUCUCAACUGUAGCAUUGAAGUCCACAUUUAGUGCUGGGGGAAAAGUGAUUGAUGAAUAUCAUGCUAGACUGAAUGAAGAAUCCAUUAAAAUUCUUUUAUGUGGAGGGGACUGGCUUCGUCACAAAUAUGGGUUGAAAAGGAAAUGA